AUGCCAGGUCAAAUUCAGCCGCUCGUCAGACCUCUCGCGCCACACGAAGGAGCAGCACUCGUCGAUCGUCAAGCCGUUUGUGUGUGGCGGUGUGAACCCGGACGGCACGGCGUGGGGGUGCGGCAAGCGAUUCUACCGCAAGGACCAGCUGAAAAGCCAUCUCAACACCACCAAGGCCGGGUUCAAGUGUCUGCAGCGCAACUUCGCUGUCAUGAUGGUGCCGGGCGGGCCCGACCCGGACCUGUGCGGGCUGUAGAUAGGUUUAGAUAUACGAGUAACGAGAGCAACGCCCACGAAUUUCAGUUCGCGAAAAUACUUUCCCUCCUUAUUUAUGAUCGACCCGAGCGUGCGAUUGCGCUCCGCCAUCGUCGACGGCCAGCUCCCGAUCGUCGCCCGCCUGCUCAACCGCUACCCGGACCUGCUCGACAACAUCGACCCGGCCAACGGGUGGUCGAACCUGCACUACGCCGCGUACCACGACCGGCUCGAGAUAUGCGACCUGCUAUCACCAGCGAGGACGAGAUAAAGCUCACGUUCCAGCACGACACCGUGAUCCACACCGCCUGCUCCAACAACGCGCACCGCAGCCUCGAGCUGCUGCUGGCGUAUUUCAGCGUGUGCAUCGACCAGCGCGGCCACCACGGCUACACCGCGUCGCACGUGUGCUGCGUGGCGAACUUUGCGCUGUGUCUGGGCGUGCUGCUGGAGAACGGCGCAUACCCGAACAUCCAGGACGACGACGGCAACAGCCCGCUGCACCUGGCGCUGGAGUACGGCGCGCUCGACUGCGUCGACCUGCUUGUCGCGUACAAGGCGGACGGACAGCUGGUGAACAACGCGGGCUGGAAACCGGAGGACCUGGCGUACGAUUUCGAGGUCCUGUCGCGGUACAAGGCGAUGCAGACGCGCCCGCCCGCGCUGGCGUCGUUGCCUUCGCUCGCGAGCCAGCCGAGCGACGCGCCGGGGCCGCUCAACGCGAAGGUCUCGCUGCCGUCGAUCCAGCACCGCAAGUUCUCGCUCUCGUCGCACGCCUCGUCCGACAGCGACACAGACGACCAGUACGUGGGCGACAGCAACUCUGUGUCGACGUCGUCGUCGCUCCGGCUCACCAGAGACCCGUCGCCCGUGAGCGACGCGGCUCAGGGCCCGUCAAGCUCGAACAGCCUGGCCAGCGUGCACGAGCACCGGCCAGGGCUCGCGCGCAAGGCGCCGCCGACGCCGCCCAGAAAGCUCUCCAUCCCGGCUCCCGCGUCGGUGACGUCGUCGCUCAGCACGCAGUCGCCCGCCUCGAAACGGUCCUCGAUGAGCAUGCGCAAUUUCCGGUCGAACUCGCAGACGUCGGAGUCGUCGCCGAUGAAGCCGCAGAACCGGCUGUUCUCGCGGCCGCACGCGCAGAGCUCGCCCGUCGUGCCCGAGAACGAGCCCGUCCCCGUGCCGGCGUCGAAACUGAGCAACUUCCGGCUGCAGAACGAGAACCGUGUCAAGCUCGGACUGAAGCUGGACAGCAUGAUGCGGUCGCAGGAGAGCCUGGCGCAGGAGGCGGCCAGCGAGCCCGGCGUGCCGCGCGUGAUGCGCUCGAAUACAGAGCCCGCCGCAGACCACGCGCAGAAACGGUCGCGCAUCCUGUCGAUCCCGAUCGCAAGUCUACGCUCUCGGAAAAAUUAG